AUGGCAGUCGAGGUCGGUGGCGAAGGUGUCUACGCUUUCCUCUCGUUUGGACUGCGACGAGCAAUAGAGAGAGGAAGGGAGAGGGAAACAAUCCUGGAAGGGAAAAGAAGUGAGCUUCGCCUCUCUACCCCUCUUCCUCCAUCCAUUAGCGAGUUAAGAGUUUUUAUGGUUUCAUCGCAUAAAACGAUAGAGAGCAUGCCUCCACUUGUAGUUGGUAUUACCACCUCCCAACCGAGGCUUUUUCAUCGGAAUAGAAUAAGUAGUAGCAAUGACAUCCGAGUGAUAAGCCUACGACUAAAUCGCGACGAUCUAAAACCAUCUCUAAAUCGUUAUCAACGAUAUCUAUCGAGUGGCUUCUCCCUCUUUAUCUCUCUUCCUCCAUCCAUUAAGACUUAA